GGCUCACAGAUCCGCGAUCUUGAUUGGGGCCUCGGGUCAGAUGGCCGGCGAGGAUUGGGAAGCUCUGCAGCAGUGGCUGCUGCAGACCUUGACCGAGCAGUUCUCCAAGCAGGAGGAUGCUAUCCGUCGGCUGCUGCUAGAGGAGUCUGUUCGAGGAGUUAGCGGUUACAUCGGAACACCAAAUGUGAACAUCGAUCACCUCAUGGCGUCCGCCAACUUGGGCACGCAAAGCGUGCCCCUCAAGCCAAAACGCGAGUCCGUCACCUCAGCUACGCACCACCUGUCCGAGCCGGAAAGUGGGGAGGAGUCGUCGCAGGAGAUGUCACCUGGAAGGGCGAUAUCCAAAAAGGAGAUGUCUCGCUUAGGAAAGCACAUCCUGAGUGAGAAGCUUGCUCCAGAUUCUCCAUUUCGAGCAUUUGUCAAGCGCUCACUCGACUCCUACCUAAGCGUCGUGGUCAUUGUGAACCUGUUCUUCAUCAUUUUGACAACAGAAUUUGCGUACUCCCAGGCUCAAUACAGUCUCGGCAUCAGCGAUCUGCCAUGGCAGGGAAUUUCCGAGCACACCUUUGAGAUUACCGAGUACAUCUUCUGUGCCAUUUACCUCUUGGAUGUUACCAUCAGGGUCUUCGUCCUGAGGAAGGAGUGGUACUAUGAUCACAUUGAGGGCUGGAUGUACCUAAACAUGUUUGAUGCGCUCCUGGUGGCAGCAAACCUCGUAGAGCUGAUUGCAUUGCCCGUGCUUUUUGCAGGCGACCAGCAACACGCAGCGACGAUUCGCGUGAUCAAGCUGGUUCGCAUUGUGCGAACCUUGCGGAUCUUCAAGACCGUCUCCUUGUUCCGGCAGCUGCGGAUCUUGGUGGGCACCUGCAUCGCCUCGGUGGGGGCGCUCUUUUGGUCCAUGAUUCUGCUGCUGGUGCUCAUGGUGGGCUUCGCUCUGGCCAUGUGCCAGGCGCUGCAAAUCUUCGUGCUGGACACUGGGGCGAAUCUGGAGGACCGCCUUGCGAUGUACGAUCUCUACGGGUCCUUUGCCAAGGCCUUCUACACCACCUUCGAGCUCACCUUCAGCGGCAGCUGGCCCUUGCGCGUUCGGCCUAUUACCGAGAAGGUCAGCCCCUGGUACGCCAUACCUUUUCUCACCUACAUCGCUCUUGUGGUUUUUGCGGUGAUAAGGAUUGUCACGGCCCUGUUCCUGAAAGAGACGCUGACGAGUGCGGCCAACGACGCAGACAUGGUACUCGAGGACGCUGUGCGCUCGACGAAGGACUACCAGGUGAAGAUCGAGGGGCUCUUCCACUUGGCAGACAACGACGGGGAUGGGACCUUGUCCUACGAGGAGUUUCAUGAGACCAUGACGCUGCCCAGCGUGAUGAACUAUCUGAAAAGCAUGGACUUGACGGUGCACGACUGCAAGCCUCUCUUCGAACUCUUGGAUGAUGGAGAUGGCAAAGUCACCAUCACGGAGUUCUGCAAGGGCCUCUCCAAAGUAAGGGGCCAGGCGAAGGCUAUCGACUUUGUGAUUCUGCAGCGGGAGACUGCCAAACUUCUGAAGGAAGCCCGGCAGACCCGCCGCGAAGUGAAGCGCACCGCCGCCGGCCUGCUGCAGCUCUCGCGGGUGGUUUCUCCAAAACCCCGGGAGGCGGACCUGAAUGGCGAUGCAGCUGAGAGUGAGGAAAUGGAAGUUUUCGCCGCAUAAGACUUUGGCACGCUUUCACCAACGCCCGUGGUACCAAAGUUAUCCACGGCCCUUCCGCUGGAGACGUGUAUUUCUUAUAUCAGUCUUGCGUUCUGGCAAAUCGACAUGGAGCCCAUCCC